ACAGAAUCACUCUACCUAUCUAUAAAGAAAACUAGCAACCCCUAACCCCAUGAAGUAGAAAAAAAAAAAAGAAAAAAUGUCACCCAAACAAAAGAAUACCUUGCCUUAACCCAAACCUUUCCCUUUCUUCUCUCUCUCAGUCUUUAUCCCCUGUUUUCUUCUUUCCUUCCUUAACUUCACCAUAAUUAUCAUCUUCCUCUUGCUAAUUUUUCGUUUCCUUUCCUCUAACUUCUCUCCAAGUACAAGGGCAUCUUCACCAGCUAGAAUUGGAAUAAAGGAAAAGAAGCACAAAAAUAAAAAUAAAAAUAAAAAUAAAGCAAGCAAGCAAGCAAGCAAGAAAAUAUGGGAAGUUGUUCUAGUGGUAGUAUUAGUACUACGAGUAGUAAUAUCAAUUCUUGCUUUUCAAAGGACUUGGUUCGAGCGCUUGCAAUUGUGGGGCUUAUCUUGAUUUUGUUGGUUGGCACGUCUGAGGGAAAAAGAGCAACGAGAGCGACCGCGACGGCCGCAAACUUUACGGCGGGCAAAUCCUCCGGGAGGUUCAAAGGAACAGAUCAGGCAGUGGUGGGUGCACAGAAGCUUGUUAAUGAUCCGAAGAUAGAUGGAAUUAACUACAUGAGCAAAAGAAGAGUUCCUAAUGGACCAGAUCCUAUUCAUAACAGGAGAGCAGGGAAGUCCGGAAGAUUACCUGGUCGAGCAUAGCCGUUGAAAGCUUUCACAAAGCUUCAGAAAAAAGAGCUUAAGAGGGUGAAAUAUAGAUGUCUAACUUCUUGUUUGUAUGUGUUAAAAAUGGGGCUAUAAAAAUAUUCCUGAUCAAAUCUGAAAAUCCAACAUGGGUCCUUCCAAGUCAA